UGCACCAACAACAACCCAUUCUCACCAGCUCCUUCUUUCCCUGCUCAGGAAAUCGUGCUUGUGGUAUUCUUCGGGGUAGAGUACAUAGUCCGCCUGUGGGCCGCAGGGUGCAGGAGUAAAUACGUUGGUGUUAAAGGAAGGAUCCGGUUUGCCAGGAAACCCAUUUCAAUUAUCGAUCUGAUUGUCGUGAUUGCAUCGAUCAUAGUGCUCAGUGUUGGGUCAAAUGGACAAGUGUUUGCAACGUCUGCUAUCAGGGGUAUCCGCUUUCUUCAGAUCUUACGGAUGCUACACGUGGAUCGCCAAGGCGGUACCUGGAGGCUUCUGGGAUCGGUUGUGUUCAUUCAUCGCCAGGAACUCAUCACCACACUCUACAUAGGGUUUUUGGGCCUGAUAUUUUCUUCCUAUUUCGUAUAUCUGGCUGAGAAAGAUGCCGUGGAUGAGAAAGGGAUGACUGGCUUUGGAAGUUAUGCCGAUGCAUUAUGGUGGGGAGUGGUAACAGUUACAACAAUUGGAUAUGGUGACAAAGUUCCACAGACAUGGAUCGGAAAGACCAUAGCUUCUUGUUUCUCUGUGUUUGCCAUAUCUUUCUUUGCACUUCCAGCCGGUAUACUGGGAUCUGGAUUUGCUCUUAAAGUUCAACAGAAACAGCGUCAGAAGCACUUCAGUCGACAGAUACCUGCUGCAGCCUCUCUCAUUCAGACCUUAUGGAGAUGUUAUGCUGCAGAGAAGACCCACAACUCCACUGCUACAUGGAAGAUGUAUGUCAUGCCCCCUGGUCACUCUUCCAAAAUUACAGCCACAUCAUCCAGUCCACAUGUGAGAAAACAGGUAACAUUUCAUAUGUUUUAGCGUGGCAUACUUGACUUAUUUAGUGAAUAAGGGUCUGAAGAAGUGUCACGACCUGAAACGUCACCUAUCCAUGUUCUCCACAGAUGCUGCCUGACCCG